CCCGGUCGGAGUCAAACCGCAGACGCCGCGCGCGUGAGCCGGGUGCACCGCCAGAUAUUUUAAGAAUGUGACAGUUUUAACUAAAAUAUUUUUCUGUUAUCAAGAAGUGUCAUUGUUUUGAAGGUGCACUUUUCAACGAUAAUGUCAAGACUGAUAGUUUUGCUGUUAAUUGCGCAUUUGCAAUUAGUUAUCAACGUGCCUCUAAGCCCCAAUGAGAAGCAAACACAAACCUUCAAGAUCGACCAUAGCAACCCACCGAAUGCAAUCCCAAGUCAUAAUAAUGAGAAACUCCCAAUACUAGUUCCUGUGGUCCAGCCCCAUCACGUGACGUUCGUAGAGCCGAAACUGACAAACGUCAGAAAGAAGAAAGGCCCGAACUUCCCUCUAAUUCACCACCAUCUUCUGGCGCCAACGACUUUGCAUGUCAUACCGAUACACUCCAAUUUUCAUCAGAACUCUAUACAUGCUGGCAUCAACCACAUAAUUUCAAACAAUAAUGUGCCUAUCGUUUCACAUUCGUAUUCACAUGGUAGCUCAAACGCAACUCAUCCCACACAAUUGAUACCAAUUUUGAUACCGAUACAUACACACCUGGUCCCGUUGCAUGAUUUGACGGUCAUACCAUUGCAUAGAGAUGUGCAUCAUGUUGAUCAAAAGCUAAGCCAUUAUAGGGCUUCCAUGGAGAAGAAGGACGCGGAUGAGGAAGAACCAAUAAACAGAUUUAGGUCGUUCUAUGGCGGUUUUGGGAACGGACUCUACAUCGGAGGCCAUGGCGCUGGUCAUGGAUUUUACUCCUAUGGUUAGGUUUAUGUACGAUAUAGAUGAAUAUGAAAAUAAUUCAACAUGACGUUAAAAAUAUGAUUAUCACACAUGAAUUUGUAUGUAACUAAUAUAUUCCUAUUAUUGUCAUAUUGAUGCUCAAAAUGUUUAAAUUAGCUUUAUUAGUGUAGUCAACUACAAUAAGUACGACGCCUACCAACCACUAUAGUUGACUACUUUAAUCUUUAGACAACGUUGAUAUGUAGUAAAAGAAAUAGAUCCUAUCAAAAUAUUUAGAA